AUGGCGGCGGCAGCGGCACCAGGAGCGUCCGGCAGUGGCUCCGCCGGGGCGGCCGAGCGGCGCCUGAGGAUGAUGUGCAGCCACGGCGGCUGCUUCGUGCCCUGCGGCCCGGACGGCGCGGCCCGGUACGUCGGAGGCGAGACCCGCGUCCUCGCCGUGCCGCGCGGGGUCUCCUUCCGGGAGCUGGCAGCGAGGCUCGGGGAGAUGGCUGGCGGCAAGAUCGUGUCAGCGCUCAGGUACCGCCUCGCCGACGACGAGGACGUGCUCGUGUCCGUCACCUGCGACGAGGAGCUCGCCCACCUGCGCGACGAGUACGACCGCCUGCAGGCCACGCGGCCGUCGGCCACCUUCCGGGUGUUCUUCUCCGGCGUCCAGCGGCCCGCGGCGUCUGGGCGUCCUCCGCUGCACCCGGGGACGCUGCGGCGCGUGCAGAGCGACCCGUUUACGGCCGCGCGCGUCGCCGGUCGACAGCCGAUGCGGCGCGUGCAGAGCGCGCAGGACCUCGCCGGAUACAGCCGCUUCCGGUUCCAGCCGUGCUGCUACGACAAGCCCCGCCGCCGCCGCGACCAGUACGCGCCCGUACCGGCGCCGCCGAUGCGUCCACCGCUCUCCGCCAUGUCCAAGAACUCAUACGGUGCGAUUCGACAAGGCCAGGAACUGAUGACGGCCAAGAAGACGGCCGACGCCGUCAUCGCAGAGGCGGCAGCGCUUUAUGGGAGCUGGAGCGAAAUUAGGGUUUAG